UUAAACCCCGUCUGCUUCCGUCCGUAUCGCCCUCCCAAGCUCCAAUGGCGCCGCCGCCGACGCCGCCGACGCCGGUGAUACCGCGGGAGGCGUGGGAGGGCUGCAGCGUCCUCCUCGACAUCAACGACGGCGACCGCCUCGCCUUCUUCCGCCUCACCCCCGGCGCGACGGUGAAGAUAGGGGACAAGAGCUGCUCGCUGCAGCCGCUCGUGGGCCGCCCCUUCGGCUCCCUCUUCCGCGUCGGGCCUGCCGGCCUCGUGCCCUGCGCCGCCGCCGAGGCGCCGUCUCAAGAUGACGGCGCUAAUGGCCAAGCCCAGGUCGAGACCAGGGACAACCGGUCCCUGGUCGACAACAACACGGCUCAGACGCUGUCGAGCGAGGACAUCGAGGCGAUGAAGAGGGACGGUGCGAGCGGGGACGUGAUUGUGGAAGCGUUGAUAGCAAACAGUUCGACAUUUGGGAACAAGACGGUGUUUUCACAAGAGAAAUACAAACUGAAGAAACAGAAGAAAUAUGCACCUAAAGUGCUUUUGCGGCGCCCCUCUACCCGAAGCAUUUGUGAGACAUAUUUCAAGAAGUACCCUGCUCGGAUAGGAUUUAUGCGAGUUGAUACACUCUCUCUUAUGUUGUCGAUGGCCAAUGUUGGUGCAUAUUCAGAUGUGCUUGUGGUUGACAUGGUUGGAGGUUUAGUUGCUGGAGCUGUAGCCGAACGCUUAGGAGGUACAGGAUAUGUUUGUAGCACAUAUCUUGGAUCAGCGUCCAGCUCCAUAGACAUUAUAAGAAUGUAUAAUUUGAGCGGCGACAUGACCAGCAGGAUUUUCCAGGCACGACUUAGCGACCUCUGCUCCUUGCAAAAUUCUGGCAAUGCCCCUUCUGUUAUUAGUGAUAGUAUUCAAGGUGAGGUGGCCGAACCUGGUACAGUACAAGAUGGGAGUACUCUAGCACAACCAGUUGAUACAGCACUGUCUGAUGAGAACAUGCAGUCAACGGCAGCACAGCCAGUUGAUAUAGAGGUCGCUGAACCUGCAAUGGAUGAGCAUCUUAGUCAGGGUGACAAUUCCUUGUUGGAUUGCAAAGGAAGUAAUGGCACUUCAGUAGCUCCCAAAUCACUUAGAGCAGGAAAAGCACCAUCACCAGAGAGGAUGAAAUAUUGGAAAGAACAUGGGUUUAGCAGUUUGAUUGUUGCUGCUCCUGGGCAUGAGGUAGAAAGUUUGGUUGCUGAUUUGCUUCCACUGUUGUCUUAUUCGGCUCCUUUUGCUAUCUACCACCAACAUCUUCAGCCCCUCGCGACAUGCAUGCACAGCUUGCAAGUAUCGAAAAUGGCUAUUGGGUUACAGAUUAUGGAACCCUGGCUUCGAGAAUACCAGGUCCUUCCAUCACGCACCCACCCACACAUGCAGAUGAAUGCAUUCGGUGGGUAUAUUUUGAGUGGCAUCCGGGUACAUAGCCCUGACCCAGGCAAUGGGGAGUAAGCGGCGGGUGCCGAUCAAUAAAAAGGCGCGCUCCUGUCCAAUAUGGAAAAUGAGCGCCCUAUGGAGAUGAUAUUGUGGACCAGAGAAGUCCACGGGCAUGGUGAAUCUAAUUGAUCUGAUCGCGGAGAAUAACAGAAGUGCGAGAAGGACCACGUGAGCAAUUGCUGGUUGGUGGAUACAUAAGGAAAUGUUUCAGUUGUAUCGUUUUAUGCUGUAAUAUGUAACGAACCAAAGUAAGUUAGUUUGCCUUUUGGUAUUUGAUUUGCGCAGUUGUAGGGAAAUAUCUCCAUGGUUGUGUCAGUAUGGUCUGCUUGCGGAAUGUGGGUUUCGGUGUGUACCUUAUAACAUGUUCAGAAACCAUGGGACCUGUCUGACAUUGGAUGGGUCAAACUAAAUGUGGAUUGUUCUUUGUUCAUGCUGUCAAAUGGAAUGACUGGUACUGGGAAUC